AAUUUAUUAUUUUUCCGAGGGAAAGAAAAACAGAAGAGGAGGAGGAAGAAGAAGAAGACGACGGUAACGUUCACAAACCCUAAACUUUCAGGGAAAAAGAUUAAUCAGAUCAAAUCAGGAGAGAGAUUCAAUGAACCUCUUAUAUAAGUACCACAAACGGUCACGUGUCUCGUCUAGAUCUGCUCGAGAAGGAGUUAUCAGCGGGGAAGAUUUGAUAAGUUUAUUACCUGACCCGUUGCUAUGUCACAUCCUCAGCUUUCUCACCACCGAGGAAGCGGUUUGGACAAGCGUUCUGUCCUCUAGAUGGAGACAUCUCUGGAAAUGGGUUCCUAGGUUAGAACUAGACAGCUCUGAUUUCACGAACGACCAAGUCUGUGUUGAUUUCAUCGACAAGUUUCUGGCUUUCCAAGGCAAAUCCUACUUGCGUGAGUUCAAGUUAACCAUCGACCAAGAUGUCUGUGGUAGUGAGAUUACUCUUUACCCGCCGUGUCUCGGCAGAGUGGAUAUGCGGAAGCUUGAACGUUACCAAGUCGAGAAUACGUCUGAACUUGGUUUCUUUGUUUUCAUCCGGCUAACUCUCUCCGCGUGUGAGGCGUUGGUCUGCUUGAAGCUCCAUUACGUUUGGCUGAAUGAUGAUUUGGAGUCUCUUUCCUUGCCCUGUCUCAAGAUCAUGUUCUUGGAAGACGUUGGUCUUCCUAGCGACGCGGCUGCAGAGGCGCUCAUCUCCUCCUCUCCUGUUCUUGAAGUCUUGAAGAUAUGCCUUAGUAAAUAUGAUGCUGUGGUAGCUUUGCGUGUCCGCUCGGUUUCGCUUAAGAGCUUCACUUUAAGACGAGCGGAGCCUCUUUAUGCUCGUGGGCGUUCGGUUGUGAUUGAUGCACCGAAACUUGAGUAUCUGAGUCUCAUGGAUUACUACCAUUUCAAAAGGUUUGAGAUAACCAGUGCGGCUGAGUCUUUCAAGGUUGAUAUUGAUGUCGAGUUUAAACUGAUGAAUGAUUACUUGUUGGAAAAGAAGAUCAUCGGCAAUCUUCUCAAAAACUUUUCAGGUGUUAAAGAUAUGACCAUGUCAUGGAGAACUCUGCAGUUUAUAUAUAGUUUCCAUCGGACGCACCCACUCCCAAAAUUUCAUGGCUUGACCCGUUUGCGUGCCACUAUGUGCUUAAACGCAUCCCCUGAACUAUUGCCUGUGCUUCUUGAGAGCUGCCCCAAUCUAAAACACUUGACAUUGGAACUGUUUCUUGAUCCAAACAGAAGGCUGUCUGAACAACUCUCCACUGUGAGGCUGCCUCGUUGUUUGGUGUCGUCCCUUGAAUCUGUUGAAAUGGAAAGCCCGGUCACGGAGAUAGCUACUGAACUGGAUUUGGCUAGAUACUUUAUGAAGAACUCUACAACACUCAAGAAGCUCGUGCUGCGUUUGAAUAAUAAAUCUACUGGAGAGAAACACAAGCCUGGUGUUUUGGAACGACUCGUGAAAUAUUCAAGAAGUCGCUGUAGUUUGUCUCAGUUCGAAGUUCUUCCAGUGGUUCCAACUCGUGGGUAUGUUUAUGGAAAAUCCAAUAGGUUUUAAAGCUGUGAGUUAAAGAUGAAACUAGUUUGGCUCAGCCUUUAGUUUGAUUCCCAUGGCUUUCCCUUUCCUUUCUGUGUGAGGUACAGAAGACUCCAUUUGGUUUGGUUGAAUGAUUUUGAGUCUC